UGUGUUUUGACAAGUAACUACAGCAAAAGAUCUUUAUCAUAUUUUCUAUUAACCAUAAAUUUGGCGUGAAUUUUUAAAAUUAAAAUCGGAACUUCAAGAGCAGUUUAUUACAUACAAUCGGAGAGAAACCUGCCAAUUUUGGCAGUCUCUUUAACAAAGUAACCAAUGGGAGCUAGAGUGAUUUCUUCUACGUGAAGAUAAUUCCUCAAAAUAACACGUCCCGCGAGAGGUGGGAAUGCAAUGGGAUGCCUGCGGGGAAGUGGUGUCAACUUUGUUUAAUAAUAAUAUAUGACGUUUUGAACGAUGUUUAGUAAAAAACCUCAUUCAGAUGUCAAGAAAUCAUCUCAAAAGGUGUUAGAUCCGAAGAAAGAUUGUCUUAGUCGUUUGAAGCAUUUGCGAAUUGUCUUGGAUAAUUCUGAUACAGCUGAAGCAAAGUCAUUUUUUGAAAAUAAUUACAGCCAUAUCUAUUACAUUUUUUAUGAUGUUUUCAUAAGUGCUGAAAAUAAUCUAAAACAAAGGGCUCAUCAUCGAACUGCUAGAGAAGAUUUAGAAAUAGUUCGAUUCAUAUUUGAGAAACUUUUAGUUUUACUUCCUGAAUUAAUCAAUCGCAGAUGGCAAUGCCACAGCAUAAAAAGAAUAAUCAAGAAAUUUCUUCAUUUUGGAAAUUCAACCAAGCUUCGAAGAGAUGGUGUUCGACUAUUUCUGUUAUGGUACCAGAUAUUAGGGGAAAAUGCGCCAGAAGAGUUGGAUUCCAUUUUUACGUCGCUUGUUCCCGGUUUAAUACCCGGAGUACCCAAUCCAUUUAUUGUUCCUCCAAAUUCAAGUCAAGGUCAUGGGCUUUAUAACAGAAGUACUGCUUCAAGUGAAAAUUAUCAAGAAACAUCUAUGUUUUAUGCAAACACUACUGAUACACCUGAAGCUGCACCAAUAUCUCCAAUAGAAAUUAUGCCUAUCUUGCCUCCUUUAAGUGGGGAGCAGUUACCUGAUGAUUGCACUCGAUUUUAUUUAGAUUGUUUAUUAGAAUACAUGGUAUCUCAGGUUUGUAAAGUAGAAUGGAAAGAUAAAUCUGAAGCUAGGUAUCUCAAAAGUUUCCAGUUCCUAUUUGAAAAAUUCAAAAAAUAUUACCUACCACAUAUAUUCCCAGGAUUUUCCUGUACAACAAAUUUAUUUUCGCCCACAUUAGAUCUACCUGUGUUGCGACGUGAGAGUGAUUUGAAAAUAGAACAUGAUAGCACCAGAUUUUCUCAAAAAGACACCAUCUUGCAUUGCCAGUCAACUGUUAUUCGGUGGACAACACAUUUUACACAAUAUAUGAAAAAGACUAAUGUUACUUUUCAGCAACCUGUACAGAAUGAAACGAAAGAGCAAAGUGAUUCAAACCGUCCAGCAACUUCAAAUGAGAAUGAAAAUAACCAAUCAUCAACUAAUCUUCUCACUGCUUCUUCCUAUGGCUUAGAGAGAGAUCCCAGUAGUACUUCUCUUGGAAAUGAUGAUUUAUCAUUCAGAGAUUAUACAAUAGUUCGUGAUACAUUAUAUAGUAGCCGAGAAAAUAUCAACAUGAUUAAUGAAGUAUUCCGACAGGCUUUUCAUAUGCAUUUUCGUUAUGCUUCUACUAUGAGGAAAGUAGUAGCAGUAUAUAGAGAAUGGAUACAUAAAAAUAGUACAGACAAACCACUGUUUUUAGAAGAACCAAUUCAAUCUGUUUCUGAUUCAAAGGAAGAUAAAGUCGAUGGAAUUGCAUCAUCCAAAAUUCCAGAUUCUGUUCUUGUUAGUCAAGAAGAGUUACCAGGGACUCGUUUAAGGAAAGAUUCUUAUUUAAAAGCUAUUCAUAGUGAUAAUAACCAUUUGAGAGCUGGCAUGCAAAAUAUGCUUAUUGUUUUUCUAACAAAUGCUGCAAAUGUAUUUUUGCUUGAUUUAUCUCAUGACAAUUUACAUAUGCUGGAAGAGCAGGUGGACAUGUGUAAACGAGUCCUGAACAUUUAUCGUUACAUGGUUAUGAAUGUACAGAUGGAAAGAAGAGUUUGGGAGCAAUUAUUGAAAGUUUUACUUCAAAUAACCUCAUUAGUACUUAAAGAAGUUCCACCUGCCAGAAAGGAAGAUACUCUGGGCGGUCGAUUGGCACCAGCUCUGUUUCAGACACUCAUUGUUACUUGGAUUAAAGCUAAUUUGAAUGUAGUGAUAUCUACAGAAUUGUGGGAUCAAUUCUUAUCUGUUUUGUCAUCAUUGACAUUGUGGGAAGAAUUAAUCAAAGAAUGGGCUAAAACUAUGGAAACAUUAACUAGAGUAUUAGCCAAGCAAGUUUAUUGCCUUGAUCUAAAUGAUCUCCCUUUAGACAGAUUGAGUGAACAAAAGAUGAAAAAGAACAGAGGCAUUAGGAAGACUAUUAUUGGAAAUUUGGAUGAAAAAUUUGAAAAAUGUAAAUCCAAAAGUGAAAGUGCAGGUGGCAAAGGAAAUUUUUUAGCUGGAAGCCUUUUUGAUGAAAAUUCAACUCGGGGAGCAACUAAUAGAAACAGCAAUCAACCGAUUACAAGAACUCGUUCUGGAAGUGGUGAUCAUAUUCAUAAGCGUGGCCAUUCAUCUGAUGGAAGUGGCAUUCGAAGAACCAAUAGUGAUUCAAAUCUCUUUAAAAGACAUCGCUUCCAAACUGGAAAAGAUCAUGGAGCUGCCUAUUCAUCAGAACAGAAACAAUUCUUUGUAACAGGUGCCUCGCCAUCAGUUGAUGAUGAAUUUUCUAAAGCUUUGCCAUCAUUUGAAGAAUAUAAAGAUCAAGUGAAAAAAAUAUACUACAAGCAUAGAAGCAAAUCUUUAGAUUUUCUAUCUCACAGAGCUGAAUCUCCUUGUUUUUCUGAGUCCUCUGAGUGUCGAAGUAGAUCUCCAUCUCCCACACCUUCCAGUGGCUUGGAAAAUACCAGUAUUAAAGAUUCUCCUAUGCAAAUUGAUGCUGUUGUCUCUAGUACAGAUAAUUCUUGUAAUAACUCAGAGAUCGGAACUGGGAAUUCUAUGGAAGCAAGAAGUGUUAUGUCAGGAGGUACAACUCGUGGUUGGAUGCCUGAUGUAGCAGUAGUUCUAUGGAAACGAAUGCUGGGGACAUUAGGAGAUAUCAACAAAAUCAAAGAUGCAUCUGUUCAUGCUCAAGUUUUAAAGUACCUGGUUGAUCUUUCAGAGCUUUUCAUUAAAAUACGAGAUAACUUAGGUGUUACUUUAGAUAAUCAUUCAACUCCUCCACCUCCUGAACUUGUGCCUCCUUUGCUACUGGUUGCUCCUUGGCUGUUUGAAGCAUUGAAUCUACCUGACAAGUACAAAGAAGGAAAACUACUGGCCUUUAAGCUCCUUUGCAUUUUAAUAGUAAGGCGGCAUGAUAUCCCUUUACCCAAAGAAUAUAUAGCUCAUUUUUAUUAUGCUCUCCAUUAUGGACUUAUGGCAAAUGAUCAAGAUAUCAUCAAUACAAUUGUGAGGCAUUGUGGACCAAGCUUUUUUUCUAUAGGCUUGCCUGGCAGUACUCUUUUAAUAAUGGAUUUCAUCUAUGCAGCAGAUACAGUUAUUUCAUCGAGUGAUAUAAAAGGAGUGCCUAGAACAGAAGCAAUGUCAAUCUUAGGGGCACUUCUAUGUUUGACUAAUGUAUAUAAAGAAAUUCCUACCUUGCAACCUUCAUCUACUGAACUUUUUACCAUUGCUUGUAAAGAUGCAAAAGAUCACAUCACCAGUAUUCUUUUCAAAGCAGGAAAGCGAGAGCCAGCUGGACUGGCCAGAUGUAUAGCUGUUAACAGUAUUGGUAUUUAUUUAUAUGAAGAAUUGAUGAACAAAACCAACCAUUAUCGCAUAAAAGAAGCAGUUACAGUCUUACUUAUUGCUGUUAGGCCUUGGUUAAAUAAGCCUAGGACUAAAGAGUUUAACUGUAAAGCUGUGGCUCGUGUUGCUUCUGACAUGCUGCUUCUAUUAUGUGACCAUGGAGAGGAAUUAAGAAAAAAUCAUUCUGAUCUCUGUCGAACAGUUAUUGAAGUAUUGUCUUCCACUUUAGAAAAUCUUUUGCCUAAUUCUGAUGCGGCUAUAGCAGAAGAUGAUAAGAAGCUCAUCCUGUCAUUGAUUCAUUGCAUAGGAGAGUGGUGUUUCGUUACAAAGAUUGGUUCACCUUAUGCAACUGAGCAAGAUUUUGUGCCACUUUUGUCAGUAUUUAAGGUGUUGAAUGCUGCAGCAAGUGGUAGGAAACUAGAUGCUCCUCAAGGCACCCAAUCUUUGACUGAAUUAUCAACUCCAGAUGUGGAUCCCAAUGUUCAGGUUGAAAAUUUUCAAGAGGGCACCACGCCCACCCCAUCUGUGCCUCCUAGAUCACUUCAAAGUCCAGAAAAAGCAAGAUCGGCAGAUAGUUCUUUCUUCAGAACAAUCCAGAGUCAAGAUCAUAAUUUAGUUAUUAGAUUGGCAUCAAAAAGUCUAAUGUAUCAUUUAAUUAAUCAUUUGGGUCAUUUCCCAAUGGGUAUUGGAGCAUCCCGUUUGACCAGCUUAGUGAAUGAACAUGAUGAUGUUCCAAACUUGACAGGCGAUGAAUUAUCAGCAGAAGUAUUCCAUGCACCAAAUGUCCAAUUUUUUGUUCUUAACAACAGUUCCAUCAUUUCUUUUGUGGAGAUACCAGCAUUGGAUAUGCCUGGUGGAGGAGCAACUGCUGGUUUAACCACAUCGAAAUCCCAAGUGCGAAUUAUUAUCCGAGAUUUAGGUGGAAAAUUUUCUUGGGAUUCAUCCAUACUUUAUGGCCCCCCAGAUCUGUAUUAUAGUUCCCCAGAUUCAGACCCAUUUAGUGCUCCACCAAGUCUAGAAGUUUCUCAGGGACAUCAGCCAACAAGUAGCCUUAAUAAGGAUGGGUAUUCCAGCUCACUAUCUAGUCAAUGUCUAAGGCAUAGGCCGAAAGACUUGUUACCUACUGUUGAAAACAGUGCUGAUGAUUUGGAUAAUUUGGAUGAUUUACUUCAAUAUAUAGGAUAUACCAGUUCAGAAUGCGUUUGUAUUCCUGGUCAGCCUUUAAAUUCAGCAUCUCGCUUACAAAAUGAAGAUGGUCGUCAAAAGGAAAUGGAAACAAUAAAUGUGAUCCUAAAUCAACGGAAUCAAGAACAUUCACAAUCUCUUAAAUUCUCUCUGAAUAGCUGUAUGGAGGCAAAAGGAGUGCAGUCGCCUCAUCCAGUUGAUGCAAAUUCUCAAUUUCAGCAUUGCAGAUUGCUUUUAAAUCAAUUGGGAUUUACAUCAUGGGAAAGGAGGUCACAGUUUGAUUUAUUGAAGAAAAAUGAGCAACUGUUACGAGAAUUAAGGAAUUUAGAUAAGCAAUUCUGCCGAGAUACUCAUAAGAUUGCUGUUAUAUAUGUUGCUGUUGGACAAGAAGAUAAAAAUUCUAUUCUAUCAAAUUUAGGUGCAAGUUUAGAAUUUGAAGAAUUUGUUGCUGGUUUAGGAUGGGAAGUGGAAUUAGAAAGUCAUCCUGGUUUUCUUGGAGGCUUGCAACGAAAUAAGAGUACUGGUGAUACUUCUCCGUACUAUGCAACUCCAUUCACUGAAGUGAUGUUCCAUGUUUCUACAAGAAUGUCCACAAUUUUUGAGGCAGACACAAUUCAUAAAAAGGUCUGUCACCUUGGAAAUGAUGAAGUUCACAUUGUGUGGUCAGAACACACAAGGGAUUACCGAAAAGAGAUUAUUGCGACUGAAUUCUGUGAUGUCUUAAUUGUGAUAUAUCCACUUGGUGGAAGAAUGUAUAGGAUACAUAUUUCCAGAAAAUUGGGAAUUCCUUUCUUUGGGCCUUUAUUUAACGGUGCUAUUGUUGGACACAAGGUUUUACCAGGCCUUGUUAGGGCAACUGCAAUAAAUGCAAAUAGAGCAAAGAGGUCUUUGAUCUCUCUUUAUAUGAAUUACUUUGAAGAGAGGCAUAAAUCUCUAGAAACAAUUGUACAGAAUCACAAAGACCAAACUACAUUUGAGCAAUUUGCUGCAAGUGUAUAUUCACCAGCCCCUUCAAAAUCGUAUGCUGCCAGUAGAUCAUCAGGUCCUCCUAGUCGAGCAGACAGUUCUUGUUCUAAAGGUAUACCUAAUCUAGCAGCAGCCUUGUUGGACGCUCACAGCAAAGGAAGUGCAUACAGUCCCAGUAUGAGAAGUCGGACAGUAAGUCAGUCGACGGCUGAAGAUAUGUCACCUCACAGUUCACCCCAAGUUUCUCAACGAGAUCGUCCAUUAUCUUCAUCUCAAAGCCAGACGUAGCAUUUUGCUUGUAAAUAAAUUGUGGAUAACCAUUAAUAUAAUUUUCAAUUCUCUUUGCUAGUUGGACUAAUGUGAGUGAGGAAGAGUGAUUUGGCAGAUGUGUGAAAUUAAAAUACACGAAUGCCUUUGUUCUAAUGCAAUACAACGUGAUCCAAAGUGCCAUUCCUGGUAGUGAUAAUGUUCAUUGAUUUCAAUUAUCUGCGAUCGACUUACACAUUCCAAAGACUUGCACGGUCCUCAAAUGCAGGAUGUCCCAAAAGUUCUUUUGCAUUCCACUUUUACAAAUUAUGAAAUAAAAAUGUAUAUUUUUC